CUCGACAGCGACGGAGACCUUCUCCUCCGAGUCGGUUUCGAGCGCGCUGGCGAAGAAGCGCUCGAGGUCCAAGUAUGCUCCGCCACAAUGCGACGCGCCUCCCCGGUCUGGAAAGCCAUGCUGUUCGGACCGUGGAAAGAGUCCAAGCCGGCUGAGGGCGACUGGGUUGCGGACCUUCCGGAGGAUGACCCAUGGCCGAUUCUGGUCAUUCUCCGAAUCAUCCACGGCGCCUUCGACGAAGUGCCAGAGGAUCUGUCGCUCUCGGAGCUAAGUCGGAUACUCGUGUACACCGACAAGUACGACAUGGUGCACGUCCUCCGACCGAUGGCCCGGAGAUGGGUGUAUGCCCUCGUCUCUCGGGCCGAGCAUCUCACCGGACAAGAGCACGUGUUGAGACUGCAUGCGGCCUGGGAGCUGGGCUGCGAAGCCGUGGUUGCCGCCGAAGUCACCGACCUCGUGUUCAACCUCUCGGUA